UGUGAGCACGUGCAGACAUAAACAAUAACUGUACAACAACGUUUUAUUUGAUGCGUUUUUAGACUAGAGCAGAAUUUAUUUUUUUAGACAACUGAGGUGUUGUAAAAUGCCGAAGCCCAAGAAUCGGACAACUGUAAAAGUAACCAAAGAAGACAAGACAAAUAAAAAGGACAAGACUAGCAAUAUUUGUAGAAAGAUUUCCCCUGUACACGAUUUUGAUGAGGAAGAAAUUAAGAAAAUCCGCUUGAAUCUUGUAGAAUGGUAUCAGUGUAAUAAACGUGAUCUUCCAUGGAGAAAACUGGCAACAGAUCCCGAUAUAAAUAAAAGAUCUUAUUCUGUUUGGGUAUCGGAGGUUAUGUUACAACAAACACAAGUUGCUACGGUGAUAGAUUAUUACAAUAAAUGGAUAAAAAAAUGGCCAACAUUAGUGGAUUUAGCCAAGGCAUCAUUAGAGGAAGUAAACGAGAUGUGGUCAGGUCUAGGUUACUAUUCACGGGGUCGACGUCUUCAAGAAGGAGCUAAAAAGGUUGUUGAGGAAUUAGGAGGUGAAAUGCCAAGAAAUGCUGAAGAUUUAUUAAAUGAGCUAGCUGGGGUAGGUCGAUAUACAGCAGGAGCGAUCGCAUCAAUAGCUUAUAAUCAGGUUACUGGAUUAGUUGAUGGCAAUGUAAUACGAGUUUUGUCUCGACUACGGUUAAUAGGUGCUGAUAGUACCAGUCAUACAUGUAUGGAUGUUUACUGGCACCAUGCCAAUAAGUUAGUAGAUGUUGAUCAACCAGGUGAUUUUAACCAAGGUUUGAUGGAAUUAGGGGCCACAGUGUGCACCCCAAAAACACCCAACUGUUCUGUUUGUCCACUUCAAAAAUAUUGUAAAGCUUAUUCUCAGGUAGAAGUCCAUAAAACAGACAACGCUAGUAAAUUGUUAUCAGAUGUUACAAAGAAUGGAAAAAUAAAAAUGGCAGAGAUUUCAGAUAUUGAAUGCUUAGUUGAAGAUUGUUCACUUUGUUUUGAUAAAACAGAAACAUGGGAUCCAAGUAUGGGUGUGAUGAAUUAUCCUAGAAAAGUAAAGAAGAAAGCCGCCCGGGAGGAGAGAACAGUUGUAUGUAUUAUUAGUCGGACAGAUUCGGACAAUAAUCUCGAAUAUCUUAUAACACAAAGACCACAAAAAGGAUUACUGGCAGGUUUAUGGGAAUUUCCUUCACAGCUGAUAACAGAUGAGUCAUGUGACAUUACAGACACUCUAAAUACCAAAUAUGGUAUUGUUUUAUCAGGUGAUUGUAAGAGGUUAAAGGUCGGAGAGGUUGUACAUAUAUUUUCUCACAUACAUCAAACAUAUGUAGUAGAAUCUAUUACACUGACUGAUCAUAUUAAAGAUAAAACUAACCAAGAUGAUGUAAGAUGGGUAACUAAAGAUGAUUUCCUUCAGUCAGCCAUUUCAACAGCCAUGAAAAAGGUUUUUAAAGCUUAUGAGAAGUCUUCUGACUCUUCAGCAUCUUUUAACAAGGGUCUAAAGAGGAAACGAGGUAAAAGUCAAGAUACAGCGGACUCGAAAAAACAAACUUCAUUAAAUUCUUUUUUUAUAAAGCAAUAAAUAUUUUUGUUCAUUUUAAACAUCACCAUAAUAUCAUGAUUUUCAACACCACAUCAGUUCAUCAUCAUUACAUCUUCAAUGUCAUCAUUACGUACAUCAGAUAAACUACUUUUAAAGCCAAAAACUGUUCAACUAGUCUCUUAUGGUCAGCGCUCUUUUAGUUAUCAAGCACCUGUUUUAUGGAAUAAUCUACAUCUUUAUUUCUUUUUAAAAAGGAACUUAAAAGACAUUUAUUUAAUCAGGUUUUUAACAGAUUCUUCAUACAAUCGUUAAGAUGUCCAUAAUCUUGUUGUUUAUUGUAAAGUGCCCCUGAACAUGUUAUAUGAAAGAAUGCACAAUAAAUAUUAAAUAUGCUGUAACAAUAAUAAUCAUAAUCUCUGUACCAUCACUUCAAACUAAUCGUCAUUAACCACAUCAUCAUCAUCAUCAACCUAAUCACCACCAAUAUCUUCAUUACCACAUUAUUAUAAUCAUCCUUAUCACCACCCACAUUUUCAUCAUCAUCAUGGGGGGUUGGAUGGCUGAAUGGUUAGUGUGCGCGCGCUGUAUCAUAAAGUCUGUCAUUGAGUCGACUGGCGUGGUUUCGAAUCCCCGGUUGUACGUGACAAGGAGUAGGGUCGCCUGUCCAACCUCGUGGGUUUUCUCCGGGUCCUCCGGUUUCCUCCCACUGCUAAAGACCCCUACGCGCAAGCGAAUUAUGUAAAUAAAAUUAAACCAUAUGUUAGUCCCGAAAUGACCUAGUUUGUGUCGAGUGGACGUUAAACCCCAUUUCUCUCUCUCUCUCUCUCAUCAUCAUCAUCAUCUUCAACCCAGGCCUAAUUAUAAUAUAAUCAUCCUAGUCAUCAAAACAUCAUCAUCAAGAUUCUCAUCACCACAUCAACAACCUUAUCACUACAUCAACAUCACCAUCAUAUCAACCUUAUCAACAUCACCAUCACCCCUAUCACCAUCAUAUCAACCUUAUCACCACAUCAACAUCACCAUCACCCCUAUCACCAUCAUAUCAACCUUAUCACCACAUCAACAUCACCAUCACCCCUAU